GUUAUCAAAUUGCAGAAAUAAAAUAGAAAUUGUAUUAAAAUGUUUGGUUCAAGCCGCAUUCACAUCUCUUUAUCAUCAUAGACCAAUAUUAUGUGUUAAAGUUUUGAAGUUAGUUGAUCCUAGGUAUCAAGGAAGUCACAUAUCAUAUGUGGCUGUGAUAUAGUUGUUAUAAUUUCUAACAGCCUAAGAAGACAUUCACAUACGUCACAUAUGAUGUUUCUGAGAAUUUUGUCUUUAUGUUCUCCCUAAGCUAGUGAGGUGAAUCUAUGUUAACCCUUGACCUGUAAUUUCAGCUACUGCUACUAACAUAUAUCCAAAAUAUCCCAUGUAAACUAUUUUGUCUCCAAGUGUUUUGUUACCAAUAUGGAAUUUGAUAACAAUGGACAUGGACAGCAAGAGUAUUAUUGUUUGCAGCAAAGUCCGCAUGCAUCGAAUCAAGCAAGUGUUCCCAAAAAAUCAACGAAGCAAAAUAAUGCGCUACCACUUUGGGGGAAUGAAACAUCGAUGAACUUGAACCCUUUGAUUCUUGCGAACAUACAAGGUUCGAGUUAUUUUAAAGUGUCCUUGUUUAAGCUGAAGACUUACCAUGAAGUUGUAGACGAGAUAUACUAUCAAGUGAAACACUUGGAACCAUGGGAAAGAGGCUCUCGCAAAACCGCGGGUCAGACAGGAAUGUGUGGAGGAGUUAGAGGCGUCGGAGCUGGAGGGAUCGUUUCAACUGCUUUUUGUCUGCUCUACAAACUUUACACUUUACGAUUAACACGAAAACAGGUUAAUGGACUACUGUCUCACGGCGAUUCUCCCUACAUACGAGCAUUAGGUUUUAUGUACUUGCGAUACACUCAACCCCCAUCUGAUCUAUUUGAAUGGUAUGAGCCGUACCUGUUAGAUGAAGAGGAGAUAGAUGUCAAAGCUGGCGGAGGACAGAUUAUGACCAUAGGACAAAUGAUACGGCAAUGGUUGACAAAACUUGACUGGUUUUCAACAUUAUUCCCACGUAUACCUGUUCCAAUUCAAAAGCAAAUUGAUGGAAAACUUGACAAUUAUGCAAAAGAAAAUGGUGUUUCAUUCGCAGUUGCACAACCGGACCGCGGUGGUGUAUCUGUCGGUGCGAAACAAAAUCGUGGAGGAUUGUCAGGAACGUCAGGCGUUUCCAGGGGAUGCGGGCCGAGCACAUCUACAGACGAGCGAGAAUCAUUUCGUUUUGAACGGGCUGAGGAAUCAUUUAAAGAAAAAGUUGAUAAACGAAAUGUGUCUGCACACUGUGAUCGAGAUGCACGGUCGUCUCGUUACAACCAGUAUGGUGAUGAUCGACACAUUCGUACUCGCAAAGAUUAUCGUGGGAAAGAAUCGGAUCGUGAUAGGGAUCGUGAUAGGCACAGAGAAAAAGAAAGAGUAAAAGAAAGACACAGGGAACGUGAUCGUGAUCGUGAACGCGACCGAUCGCGGGAUCGCAGUCCUGAUCGUAAUGAUUAUCGUGAUCGUGAUCAUCAUCACCGUGAUCGAAGACACCGUUGAAGCUUUUUCCAUAAGUUGAGCUGUAUAUAAUUUGUUUUUUCCUUGUACUUUUCUAGGACACAAUACUUCAAUGACUUGCUCGUUUUCAAAUGUGUAAAGUACGUCGACGAGACAGUACCGUUGUUGGAAAUUAUUGAUAGUCCUGAUUCGAACUAUUUAGAGCAAAUUGUAAUUUUUGUUAGUCCUGAUUCGGAAAUAUUUUGGAAGUUUCAUUUGUUUCGUUAUCAUGCGUCUUCACUACGCAGUAAACUAUUGUGGCAACGCUGUAAUCAACGAAACAACAAAACGGGUUUACUUUUCCUAGUUGAACAGCCCCUCACAAAUAUCUCCGAUGAAACGACAUGCACCACUUAUUGUAUCGAUUUCUUUAACAUAUUGUAUCAUUUCUAACAAUUCCGGAUAAAGAGGUUGUUUUCUUUAGAUAUGUUUAUUCUAAAGUUACAACAGCUUUUGAAUUACCUCAUUACCUUCUUAACCUCUUAACAUUAAUACCUUAUCGAUAACAUGCAUCCUGCUUUGUUUGAAUCCUUAUUUCAUAUAUAUUGUUAAACAAUUCAUCAAUUACACAGUUGAUUUUGUAAAAGUAUAAUACUAAUAAGUAGAAAAAACUACGUUAAGCUGACAUUUUCGACUACCUCAAAGCAAUAGAAUGGCCCAUUUUUGUUGAGGUUAUACAGAUGUUUUUUUUUUAUUCGGCAAUGAAAAUGGCAAUGUAAGGAUGUUCCAACAACAUAUAAUACAUUUAACAGUGUUGUACUUUUUUA